AUGUCGGUCACCUCGCCUUUGCCUCCAGGCAUAAGCCCGCCUCUCUCAACAGAUAACCCCAAUAACCAUAGCGGAUUGAUCGUAGUGAUCACCUCGCUCUAUAUCGUUCUGAUUAUUGUGGCGCUCGCUACGCGGAUCUCCGUUUCGUUCACUAGGCGUAUUAUGCAACAUAAUAACCUUUCGUUCGGUGUGCUCAUAGUCGUGGCAACUACUCAAGCAGCGGUAGUGCUCGCUCAGGUUCACGAUGGCUGGGGUAUCCGGACAAAACCUGGCCAAACUACAAGCGAUCGAAUGCUCAAGACCGGAUAUGCCGCUGAUAUCCUAUCGAUAAUUGUCUUGGGCUGCUCCAAGAUAUCGACUUGCCUAUUCUACAGUACGCUCUUUUCACAGAUACAAAGAAUGUUUAUCCGCAUCAACUUGUUUGGAAUGGUUGUUUGGACAAUUCUUUCCGUGAUACUACUAGCAGUCCGCUGUAGCCAUAACCCUUGGGUUGAUAUUAGCGACACUCAGUGUAGCAGUUUGAUACCCCGAUGGCAAGCGAUUACAGCGAUCGACAUCGCCACUGAGGCCUCUCUAUUCGUGUAUACUGCAAUAGCAGUACAAAAAAUCCAGAUAUCAACAAUGAAAAAGCUGGUGGUAUUUAUAGCGCUCCAGGCCCGAGUACUUCUCAUGCCCCUCGCUGGGCUCCGCCUAUACUAUACGAAAUUGCAAAUCACCUCGGAUGAUCCAAUACUCUUCGGCGCCUUCGCAACGGUCAUAACGGAGAUCUACCUUGCGAUAAGCGUAUUAUGUGUCGUGAGCGCAUUCUUCAAAUCUUUCAUCGCAGCCUACGAAGACAGCAACGGAAUCUCGUACACAAACGGAACUUCUGGAUCGCAAUCAAAAUCGAGGAGGAUGGACUCGAGGAAUACCUUUACGCACAAGGACAACAAUGAUGUUUCGGGUGUUCUACGCGGCUGGGAACGCGAGGAGGAUCCCAUUAUUGGCCCCACUGAUCCGAAGAGUGGCCUGAAGAUUUAUACAUCAGUACAAUUCAGUGUUAGGGAUGAGAAUAUCGAGUUACCAGAUCGUGAAAGUGCCGAGGGGCGCCGUGGUGGAUUUUAA